GUCGAUCCCUUUAAUAAAUAGUUAAAUACUUUUUGUCUCAUUGUUUGGCAUUUAAUAAAUAAAAAGCAUUUGUAUUGUCAGUCAAUAAUCACUUCCUCACCAGUGAAGACAUUUUUUUUGUUGGCAUUGAUUUAAUAGACUAAAGAUUUUUUAAAGACACAAACGAUGGCCGGAUUCGAUGACUUAGGCGUCUUCUUCAACGAAAACCUAUUCGACAACAACAACACCGGCGGCGACGGCACGGAUGCGGCCAAUGGUGGCGGUGCCGGCGGUGGACCCGUCAUCGGCGGUAUCAACAGUGCAGCCAUUAAGAAACGAUUCAAAGAAUUCUUAAGACAAUAUCAUACGACAGAUUUCGAGUACAAAUAUCGCCAACAGAUCCGCGACAGAUAUAACUUGGAUCAGUAUUGUUGCGAUAUUACUGUGGAUGAGUUGCGUCAGUACGACGACGAUUUGGCCGAUCGGUUGAAGAAACAGCCGAUCGAUUAUCUGAAACUGUUUGAAUUGGCCGCCACUGAAGUGGCCGACGAAGUUACCCGACCGCGCAAUGACGAACUACCCGUACGGUAUAUGCAAGUAAUGUUGAACAGCGACGAACAUCCCGUAGCGUUGCGUGAGAUUAAGUCCGAUCAGAUCUCACGGCUGGUCAAACUACCGGGUAUUGUCAUUGCGGCCUCAAAUGUCAGGGCAAAGGCUACGAAAAUAUCGCUUCAGUGUCGCGGCUGUCGCGAGAUUGUCAACGAUUUGAAUAUCAAUGCCGGACUCGAGGGCUAUCUGUUGCCGCGCAAGUGUAACAGCGAUCAGACCGGACGGGCAGUCAAGUGUCCGAUUGAUCCGUAUUUUAUAAUACCCGACCGAUGCGAAUGUGUCGACUUUCAGCUAUUGAAACUACAGGAAGUACCCGAAUCGGUACCGCACGGCGAAAUGCCCAGACAUUUGCAACUAUACUGCGACCGGUAUUUGUGCGAUAAAGUCGUUCCGGGCAAUCGGGUAACAAUUGUCGGCAUUUAUUCGAUUAAGAAAGUGGCCAAACCAUCGAAGUCGAAUGCCGGUGCAGCCGAAUCCAAGUCCAAUAUCGGUAUCCGGGCUCCGUAUCUCCGGGUGGUCGGCAUUCACAUCAAUACCGAAGGUCCCGGUCGGGCCGGUAUUAUUCCCUAUACACCGGAUGAGGAACAAAUGUUUCGUCAUUUGGCCAGCGAUAAGCAUAUCUACGAACGAAUUGCCCGCAGUAUAGCCCCGUCGAUCUACGGUGCGGUCGACAUGAAGAAAGCUAUUGCUUGUCUACUGUUUAGCGGUUCCCGUAAACGCUUACCCGAUGGUCUUACCCGACGCGGUGACAUCAAUCUACUAUUGCUGGGCGAUCCGGGAACUGCCAAAAGUCAACUGUUGAAGUUUGUCGAAAAAGUAGCGCCCAUUGGUGUCUACACAUCGGGCAAAGGUAGCAGUGCUGCCGGUCUGACUGCUUCGGUCAUCAGAGAUCCCGCUUCGCGCAACUUUGUUAUGGAAGGCGGAGCUAUGGUUUUGGCCGACGGCGGUGUUGUCUGUAUCGAUGAGUUCGACAAAAUGCGCGAAGACGAUCGGGUGGCCAUUCACGAAGCCAUGGAACAGCAGACGAUAUCGAUAGCCAAAGCGGGUAUUACUACUACAUUGAAUUCGCGGUGUUCGGUUCUGGCCGCUGCCAACAGUGUGUUCGGCCGAUGGGACGAUUCGAAAGCCGAUCAAAAUAUUGACUUUAUGCCGACCAUUCUGUCCCGAUUCGACAUGAUUUUCAUUGUCAAAGAUGAACACAACGAACGACGAGACGCUACGAUUGCCAAACACGUUAUGGAUGUCCACAUGAAUGCCCAGAAGACAGGGGCUGAAGAUGCUGUCGAGGGAGAGCUGAGUUUGGAUCUGUUGAAGAAGUAUAUCGCGUUUGUCCGAUCGCAAUGCGGUCCACGAUUAUCGGAAUCAGCUGCCGAUAAACUGAAGAAACAUUAUGUACUGAUGAGGAAUGGCAAUCGAGAACACGAACAAGAGAUCCAGAAAAAGUCGGCCAUUCCGAUAACCAUCCGUCAGUUGGAAGCUGUCGUACGUAUAUCGGAAUCGUUGGCCAAAAUGCAAUUACAGCCGUUUGUUACCGAUGUUCACGUCGACGAAGCCCUCCGAUUGUUCCGUGUGUCGACACUGGCAGCUGCCCAGUCGGGCGAUUUAGCGGGUGCCGAAGGUUUCACCAGUGAAGAAGAACAACAGUCAAUGUUGAGACUGGAGAAGCAAAUCAAACGCCGAUUUCCGAUCGGCGCCCAACUCAGCCAAUCGAGUAUUGUCAACGACUUAUCCAAACAAAACUUUACCGAACAGGCCAUCCAAAAGGUAUUGUAUUGUAUGAUAAGGAAGGGCGAGAUUCAGCACCGGAUGCAAAGGAAAAUGCUUUACCGACUCAAAUAAAUUUGAUGGCCACUGCUGGAGGACUUCUGGAGGAAGGGGUCUUACAAUUAUCAAUCAUACAAUCAGAUCGUCAUUUUAAAUGUGUUUUUUUCUCAUUCAAUCAAUAAGUUUUGAUUUUAAUUUACCGUUACUUUUACGGUAAAUAUAUUGCACUGCUUUUUUAAGUUACAAUAAUU